UCGUAAACCCUUAAACCCUUUCGUAGAGAAGAGGAAAAAGCCGCAUAAGAAUUUUCAACAACAACGCUAACUAAUACAAAUUUGCGAGUGAGUUUUCAAAGAGAAUCCAAACCCAGUUUGUUUACUUCCAAUCACACAUUCUCAGUGUUUCAGACCCAUUUUACACAGUGAGUAUAUCAGAUGGAUCACUUUGCAGCAGCUGAAGCGCAAUUAGCUCAACAGAGAAUUAGGCAGAAACUUGAGGAAGUCAACCAAGCUGCUCAAACUAAUCUUGCCCCUGUUCAAGACCAUGUCAAUUAUACUCUCCAGAAAGCCUAUUUUAAAUGCGCAUAUGAGUGCUUUGAUAGAAGCAGAAAGCAGGAAGAGAUAAGCAACUGUGUUGAGAAUUGCAGUAUUCCUCUUUCUAAUGUGCAACAGACAUUUGAAAAUGAGAUGGCAAAGUUUCAGGAGAAGUUGAAUAGAUCUAUGAUGGUUUGUCAAGACAAGUAUGAGGGAUCCAAGCUCCAACAGAAACCUGGAGCUAUGAAUGAUAUGAUUUCCUGUGCUGAUGAAGCGAUUCAAGACAGCAUUAAGAUGCUGCCGCUUCUUACAAACAAAUUGAAGGCUUCCUUUGGCAUUCCUGACAAGAGUUCUUCCUAGAAAUAUUUGAUUUUCUCAACAUUUAUCUUCAGUUGUAAAAGAAAAUUGGUGCAAGACAUUAUUUAACUAUUUCUUCCCUCAAAAAAAAAAAAUUAUUUAACUAUUUCUGGAGCACAAAAGUUAACAUACUUUGAUGAAAUUUGAAUGCUGAUGCAUCUUGUGUUAUGCAUACACAAAUAAUAUUAAUCGUUGAUUUUUUUUUAAAAA